GAUCGCGCUCCUCGCCGAUCAUCACGCGCGCGUCAACGGCCACGACCAUGCCGACGCCCGCUACAGGAAGUGGUGGCACGCGAAUUACUGUAACCCGCCGGAGGCGGUCAUGUGCUUCGUGUGCAAGUGUAUGACGAAGAAACGCGUAUUUGAGCACUGGCAGGUCGUGAAUUCGGAUGGCUCCGUCACGUACUACCACCGCUGCCUCACCUGCUGCCCGAACUGCAACAUCGUCACCGUCUGCAUCGUCGACAAGCUCGACCUCCCCGCGCAGGACAUCGCCGAGGCGCGCGCGCGCGCGCGCGCCGACGCGGAGCGCGUCGCCGCGUUCUGCUACCCCGGCUACACGCCGCCGUCGCUCGUCGGUUCCGGGCGCAUGUCGCUGGCGACGGCGGCGCGCGCGCGCGUUCCGGAUCCGCGAGUCGGCACGGUGAAGUUCAUCGAGGGCCGGCUGUGGCGACUUGCCACCCCGCGCGACGCCGAGCUCGUCGAGGCCUACGGCAUGGCGCCCAAGAAGAAGCAGAAGGUGCUCCCGCCCCAGGCGCGGUUCGCGGCCCUCAAGAUCGUCGUCAUCGACGCGCUCCCCUUCCAGCGCAAGCUCUGGAGCGAGCGCAUCGGCGCCGGCUUCGUCGCCGUGACCUCCGCCGACGUCGCGGCUGGCGCGCUCGCGCGGCACGGCGACGCGACGCACGUCGUGUCCUGCGCCAAGGACCGCGCGCUCGUCGACCGCGUCCGCGGCGACGUGGGCGAGGCGACGCACGUCGUCACGGACGAGUGGCUGACGACGACGCUGCGCGCCGCCGACGGCCUCGCGCGCGAGGCCGACUUCGUGUUGCGCGCGCCCGCGCCGCCCGCGACGCCGCCGCCCGUCGCAGCGCCGCGGCGCGGCGUGCUCGCCAAGUACUGCUGCCAGCGGCGCAUCACCGUCGAGGGCGACGUCAACAAGGCCGUCACGGGCGCGCUCGCGGACCAGAUGAAGUGGUGGGACUACGGCGCCGUGAACGCCGACGAGAUCAAGCACUACGCGACGCGGAUCCAGCGCUUGCACCGCGUGGCGCCGAUCAUCAAGUCGUGGCCCGUGACGCUGACGCCCGAGAACUGGGACGACGAACGCGAGAAGCUCGAGGCGCAGCACUACAUCUCGGCGACGUCGACGUCGGCGACGGGCGGCUUGAUCGAGUACAUCGAGCAGCUCGUGCUCGGCGGGCCCUCGGCCGUCGUCCGCGAGGACUGCUUCUACAAGUGGCAGCGCGACCCCGUGCGCCGCGUCGUCUUCGAGAUCAACGCGCUGAAGAUGCACGUGGGCAAGAAGCGCGCCGUCGACCUCGUCGAGAACCGCGGCGUGACGAGCGCCGAGGACCUCUGCGCGCGGCGCGACGACCCGGCGCUCGCGAUCCCGCCGCACGUCCGCCCGAACCUCGCGCUCGCGCCCGUCGGCCCGUCGGCGACGCGCAUGGACCGCGAGGAGACGGAGGCGAUCCUCGGCCGCUUCGCGGCGGCGGCGGCGGAGGUCGGCCUCGCGUCGACGGCCGUCGGCUCCUACCGGCGCGGCAAGGUCGGCGGCCACGACCUCGACGUCAUGCUCCACGCGCCCGAGGGCGCGCCGCUCGUCGCCGUCGCGGACUACGAGUUCCACGACCCUGACGGCGCGGGCUAAUCCGCGUCGAUUCGCAGCCGCCUCGGCGCGAAGAAAAGCUGAUUCGGAAGUCGUACUGUCUCGACUUUCGAAAGUCGAGACACUCAGGCUACGCACUCGGACGGACCAUCCUUACAACCGAUUUUCCGGCGAGCGACGCGUGGGCCGCCUGCGGUUCGAGAGGCGCCCAAGGGUGGUCAGGCGCGAGUUCUGCCGUUCGGCAUGACUUGGCGACCUCGGUUCAGCGCUGCUCGUCGGCCGGCUGGGUCGUCGGCGUGGCCGCCUUCUUGGACUUCUUCGCCGGGUCCGACGCGGUCUUGUCCUUGGACUUCUUCCGCUUCCGGGCCUGCGCGCCCUCCUUGAUGUCGGAGAGGAGCGCCCAAUCCGCGCCGUAGACCUUGCCGUCGGAG